AUGGGUUUCCUGGACAGCCACUCGUACACCGCCGUCACCACUCUGGCAAACAGAACCAUCGAAUUGUCCCCUUUAGACUCGGACGAUGCGUGCAUGGAAAUGGAUCUUCCUGAACUGCUUGAAGCCAUCCGUUUGCAGCGCAAUUCUUUGGAACCUGGUCCGGUAGAGGUGGCCAGGGCAAUUCGCAAAAAAUUGAAAUACGGCUCAUUCAAGGAACAGUUCAAUGCAUUGAAGCUUCUGGAACUUCUGGUUGCUAAUGGUGGCCCAGAAUUGAACCAAUUGUACAAUGACUCCAAGCUACUUGACCGCCUCAAGUACACCAUUGUGACCCGUCCCGAAGUGUCUGGGGUCGACCCACGUAUUCGCAAACGUGCCACACAGCUGGCUGUUGGUUGGCGAAACGAGCACGCCAGAACAGGGAACGCAGGAGGUCUUUUUUCGCUUGCCUCUUCCGCAUCAGUGGCACGAGCUGUGAAACCUAAACGGAAAGUGCCAGACUUCAUGAACGACGAGGCUGAUGAGACCCCAUUUGAGGAGGUUUAUGAGACGCCUGAAAACGACUCGGAUGAUAGUUCACAGAGCAGACGUCAUGGCUCUUCCAGAGGUGCUUCGCGGUUGGUGUCUUCACUGACAAAUAGGGAACUUGAUAAAAAGUACAGGAUUCCGCAGAUUAACUACGAAAAAGAGACACCCAGGAUAUACCAGACGAUUGCCGAGGCCAACGUUCUCUCAACUACGCUAACAAAUACUCUCAAAACGCUGGAACCCGAUGAACUCUCUAUCCACUCGGCCAAGGCGAACAGGGAUUUCGACAACUGCAGAGCCAUCAGAAGGAAGAUCUUGAGAUAUUUGCAGCUAGUCAAUAAAGAGGAGCUCCUAGGGGCUUUGCUCAAAUGUAAUGAUGACUUGGUGCGGUCCCUACAACUUUACGAAGAGAUGGCUGAGCCGCGAGAUGGUGGAGAGACUGACUCGCUUGCAGAUUACGAGACGAUCAAUAGCGAGAGAAGAGAGUCGAGCGUUGCACCUGCCACAGGCACUUCUCAGUCAUACCGGUCUGAGAUUAACGAAUUCGAUCCUUUCAGCGACCACAACGAAGUUUCUGUGCCUGCGGAAUGGAAAUAA